CCCAGGGAGGAGAAUGUGACUUGGUCAGCCCCUUGACAGGACCACGACUGCCCCUUCUUCAAAGGAGCCUUCAGCCUGGGGCUCUCCCUCCACACCCUGGUCCAGGACCAACUCCUCUCAGAGUGCGAGUGCAGCCAUGGCCGGAGCCCCCACCCUGGCCCUGCUGCUGCUGGGGCAGCUGCUGGCCGCCACUGUAACCUUGACCGAGGCACAGAAAGUAGGACCUCGAGGCCCGCCCGGUCCCCAAGGGCCACCUGGGAAGCCAGGCAAGGAUGGCAUUGAUGGAGAAGUUGGUCCUCCUGGUCUGCCUGGGCCCGCGGGACCGAAAGGGGCCUCAGGGAAGCCGGGGAAACCGGGAGAGGCCGGGCUGCCUGGACUGCCUGGAGUGGAUGGUCUGAACGGGCAGGAUGGACCUCCUGGACCCAAGGGCGCUCCCGGAGAACGGGGAAGUCUGGGACCCCCAGGGCCACCUGGGCUGGGGGGCAAAGGCCUCCCUGGACCCCCUGGAGAGGCAGGGGUGAGCGGCCUACCAGGUGGAAUUGGCCUCCGGGGCCCCCCGGGACCCUCAGGACUCCCAGGCCUCCCUGGCCCCCCGGGACCUCCUGGCCCCCCUGGUCACCCAGGGGUCCUUCCCGAAGGUGCUACUGAUCUUCAGUGCCCAGCCAUUUGCCCACCAGGCCCCCCAGGGCCCCCAGGAAUGCCAGGGUUCAAGGGACCCACCGGCUACAAAGGGGAGCCCGGAGAAGUCGGCAAGGAUGGCGAAAAGGGUGACCCCGGCCCCCCUGGACCCCCUGGUAUCCCGGGCACCGUGGGGUUGCAGGGUCCACGGGGCCUACGAGGACUUCCAGGGCCACUCGGACCCCCCGGGGACCGGGGUCCCAUCGGGUUCCGAGGGCCCCCCGGGAUCCCAGGAGCCCCUGGGAAAGCGGGCGACAGAGGAGAGAGGGGCCCAGAGGGGUUCCGCGGCCCCAAGGGCGACCUUGGCAGGCCUGGUCCUAAAGGCGUCCCCGGCAUGUCUGGGCCUGGUGGAGAGCCGGGCAUGCCAGGCAAGGAUGGCAGGGAUGGCGUGCCAGGACUCGAUGGCGAAAAGGGAGAAGCUGGUCGCCAUGGCGCCCCUGGAGAGAAGGGGCCCAACGGGCUGCCGGGUCUCCCCGGACGAGCAGGGUCCAAGGGUGAGAAAGGAGAACUGGGUAGACCUGGAGAGCUGGGCGAGGCCGGCCCCUCGGGAGAGCCUGGUGUCCCUGGAGAUGUUGGCAUGCCCGGUGAGCGUGGAGAGGCUGGACACAGGGGCUCAGCGGGGGCUCUGGGCCCACAAGGCCCCCCUGGGGCCCCUGGCGUCCGUGGCUUCCAGGGCCGGAAGGGCAGCAUAGGAGACCCCGGCCUGCCGGGCCCCCAAGGCCUCCGAGGUGGCGUUGGCGACCGGGGCCCGGGAGGAGCUGCCGGCCCCAAGGGUGACCAGGGCAUUGCGGGUGCUGACGGCCUUCCUGGGGAUAAAGGAGAACUGGGUCCCAGCGGCCCUGUUGGCCCCAAAGGAGAGUCUGGCAGUCGCGGGGAGCUGGGCCCUAAGGGCAUCCAGGGCCCCAAUGGCACCAGCGGCGUAGAUGGUGUCCCUGGCCCCCCCGGCCCCGUGGGCCUCCAGGGCGUGCGAGGCGUGCCCGGCAUCACUGGAAAACCUGGGGUCCCGGGGAAAGAAGCCAGCGAGCAACACAUCAGGGAGCUGUGUGGGGGGCUGGUCAGCGAGCAAAUCGCGCAGCUAGCCGCGCACCUGAGGAAGCCCCUAGCACCGGGCUCCAUCGGGCGACCAGGUCCUGCUGGUCCCCCAGGCCCCCCGGGCCCCCCAGGCUCCAUUGGUCACCCCGGGGCUCGAGGGCCCCCUGGAUACCGAGGUCCCACAGGAGAGCUUGGAGACCCUGGACCCAGAGGAAACCAGGGUGACAGAGGAGACAAAGGCUCGGCUGGCGAGGGCCUGGAUGGGCCUGACGGAGACCAAGGGCUGCAAGGACCGCAAGGUGUACCCGGCGUCGGCAAAGACGGCCGAGAUGGGGCUCAUGGCGAGCCUGGGCUCCCCGGCGACCCUGGCCUUCCUGGUGCCGUCGGCGCUCAGGGGCCUCCUGGCAUCUGCGAUACCUCCGCCUGCCAAGGAGCCGUGAUGGCAGCUGUUGGGGAGAAGUCAGGUCCCCGGAGCUCCUAAAACACAACUUCUGGAAAAGUGAGAAAGCGGUGCUGACUGAGCAGCGGGCUCUGGAAGGAUCGCGGGGACCAGUGGCGUCCUGGUAUCAAUGGGGAAUGCCGCCCAGCAAGCCAUCCAGCAAGGCUACCCCUCCUCGUCCUCAGCAGCGACAACUGGACACUUGGUCCCCGAGAGCGUGCUUCAGUGAGCUGCUGUCAGAAGUGUUCCGUCUCCACGUGAAUUUACAACGGUCCCUUCGGCUGUAACGUCAUACCUCAGAUACAGGCCAACAUUUCAGAGGGAUUGAGGGUAUACACACAGAAGGUUCCGUACAACUCCACGAGAGAAAGAACAGUCAGCAACUUGUUUACAUGGCAUUUGUGUAAAGACUAAGAUAUCACUUCAAUAAAAUGACACAUGAAAUCGUCAGAUUAAUGACUGGCCAUUACAAAAAAAAAAAUAAAGAAUUUAAUGUACGGUAUCCCUUCCAUACAAAGGUCUUGUCUGAUUUACCUGCUUCUUUUGUGCACAAACUUUUAACUAUCUCCGUUGACAGUAUUU